AUGAGCUUGAUGUGUCUGCUAGACAUCUACAUGGAGGUGCCAAUCCUGCUGCCCUGCCUACCCCCUGCCCCCAGCAGGCUUCCCAAGCUUCUGGACGGGGGAGCAGGUACCCUGCAGGGCCUGUUUAUUCACACCAUCUCUCUAGACCCUCUUCUCCUCCCAGCAGAUGAGCCAACCUCCCCCAAGAAGCCCAAGAGUGUUCUGGAGCCAGAGCCCAGUGAUGUGGAAGGUGGAGCCAUCUCUCUCCUGCCUUCUGAGUGGACCUCAGUGAGGAUCAGCCCUGGGGAGGACGUAGUUGGACAAGACAUGAUGGCUGUGUGUGUGCUGGUCAACAGUGAUGACAGCAGCUCUGAGGCAGAGCCAGACUGCAGUGGCAGCGAGGCCUCCAGUGCAGAGCCCCGUGAGGAAAGACCCCGGCGGCCAGAGCCCCCACCCCUACCGCAGCCCCUCACCAGGCACAGCUCCCUGAGGGAGGCCCCGACCAGAGAAGUCUCUCCACACUGCCCUGAGGAGCCCCAAGCUGUGCAAGGUGAGCGGACAGCCUGCCUGGAUGGGAGCCAGGCUUGCUUGAUCCUGGGGCACAGGGAGGGAGCGGAGACACCCCCCCCCCCCCGCCCGGCAACUGUUUCCUCACGGAGAAUGAGGGGCCAGUAGGCCCAGCCCUCAGGCUCAGAGGCAGUGAGGCCAGGGUAUAUGUGGGGGUGAGGGGACUGGACCCAGGCCCAGCCUCUUGCUCCAUAAGAAGCUUUGGAAUCUCAAGUGGGGUGUAUGGCAGAGGGGCCUGACUGACUGGCUGCGGUGUGUCCCGGGCUGGCAGAGAUAAGGGGGGCCCCGGCACCCUCUCGCCUAGAGCAGUCUCCUCUUUGAUAUCUCUUUAGAGCAUUCCAUAGCCCCGCUAGAGAAAGAUGUGGCUCAGUGCAUGGACCACAGCCAUCUGGGUGGCACAGCUUCCCUGGGGGCCCCUGGGGACAGCACAGGGCCAUCAGCCGUGCUUGGGACACGUGGCACGCACUAAAACUUGACCUGCGCAGGAAUAAAUACACUCUCACUAAGUACCAGUUUGGUUUUCCCAAACAUGGCCCCAUGGCAUCCUCAGGACAACCCCGCUGGGGUCGGUAAGCUCACCAUUUUACCUGUGAGCAAACACACUGUGUUUUCCCUAGGUCUCACGGCUGGUAAUCGGUGUGGCUCCGUGCUGGGGCCCUCCGCACCCUAAAAAGUCGUUGCCUUUAGCAGCCCAGCUUGUGUUAAUAAAGGUGGCCUUGAAUUGAAUGUUUUGAUUCAGUCAACAGUAACUUGUGACCUCGGGGCUGGGAAGAAGCAGGCUCACUGAAACUUCCCACCUGAGGCACCAACAGCUUCACUGCCCUGGGAGAGCGGGUACUCAGCUUGUCCUGCACACCCCUCUGGUGGCCGAGAGCAGAACUUCCGCCUGAACCGAGAAACAAUCUCCCAAGGCUUGGUUUCACGGGAAAACCCGAGCGGGGCCGGCCUCCUGGAAGUUCUGGAUUUACCCUCCCCUGUGAGCCUUUUUAAAAAAGGGCACAUUGGGGCGCCUGGGUGGCUCAGUGGGUUAAGUGUCCAACUUCAGCUCAGGUCGUGAUCUCACAGUUUGUGAGUUCAAGCCCUGCGUCUGACUCCGGGCUGACAGCUCAGAACCUGGAGCCUGCUUCAGAUUCUGUGUCUCCUUCUCUCUCUCUGCCCCUCCCCCACUUAUGCUCUGUUUCUCUCUCUCUCUCCCUCUCCCUCUCCCUCUCCCUCUCCCUCUCCCUCUCCCUCUC